AAUGGCGGUUAAUAGAGGCAGAGUUUUUGUGUAUCACCAAAUAUGACUGUUAUGCCGGUAACUGUGAAACGCAGCGUUGUUAUUGGUUGUGCUAAAGGCUCGGCGGUGUGUUGAGGUGCAGUAAAGGAGGCAGUGAUGUCUGCCGAGGUCCUCAGACCUGGGCCACUAGCUGGUGGAGGCAGUAAACUGGGGGAGCUGAUCGGGAAACUCCAUGAAUACCUGGCCACAACUACUGAAGACAAGCAUGAAGCCAGUUUACCAGGCCACUGGAAUGGAGAGACAGCCAAAGAUUACCUGGAGCAGCAGGCCAAAGCCCAGGCCGCAGAGGAGGCCAGCGGCUCGGCAGGAUUGUUGUCAUCAGGUCGAUCUAGAAGGAAACCGACUGUUGUUACCAAACACAGCGGGAUGAAUGAUUCAGAUGCUUCGUCUGAGAGUGGAGCAGAGGAUGUUCUAUCUGUUCAGUCCAGUGAGCCUGACACCAGCUCCCUACCCAAAGGAACAGUGUUUGUACUGCCGGAGCCUGUGGGCAAUGAAGGUCGUGAUGAUUUCCGUGGUCCUGAAUUCCGGACAAGACGAGUUUACAAGCAGUACAAAGACAGUACUGACAGACGGAGAGGGUAUGAAAUGGAGAGGGUAAACUGCACUGCAUGUGGUCAGCAGGUGAAUCAUUUCCAGCGUGACUCAGUCUAUAGGCACCCUAUGCUUAAAGUACUCAUCUGCAAGACUUGUUUUAAGUAUUAUAUGAGUGAUGACAUCAGCAAGGAUUCAGAGGGAAUGGACGAGCAAUGCAGGUGGUGUGCAGAGGGAGGCAGUCUGAUUGGCUGUGAUUACUGCAGUAAUGCUUUCUGUAAGAAAUGUGUGCUACGUAACAUGGGGAGGAAGGAAUUGUCCAGCAUCAUGGAGGAGGAGAGGAAGUGGUACUGUUAUGUCUGCAGUCCCGAGCCAUUGCUGGAGCUAGUGUUGUCCUGUGACUCUGUUAUGGAGAACCUGGAACUAGCUCAGAAACGAGCAUCCCGGCCUGAGACAAGCUCAGUUCGAGGGCGGACCAAGGGCUGUCGUGGUGCAACCUAUUUGUUGGGGGCAGAAGGUGGCCCAGUGCCAUCUUCAGGACUUUACCAACGAAUGCAGCGGUUUGUAGAUGUUACCUCAUCUCUGAGCCACUCCUUCAGUGCAAUCUUUCAAAGCGAAAGAGAGGAGGAACUGAAGGAAGAGAAGGAGGAGAGAAUGGGACAGCUGAGGAUGUUCCGCUCGGUAUUGGAUGAUUUGCAAGCAGCCAACAUUGCAUUACAGGAAGCCCUGGACCAUGAGCUGACUGGGUCCAAACGUGUUGGCGGAGAAGCUUUAGAAAGUCAAAAGCCGAAAGGAAGGGCCAGACGGAAGAAAGCGUCACAGAGCUGUGGACUCACUAAAGAGUUGGUGGUCAAACUCACUCCUGUACCAGUCAGCACACCAGCCAUCAGCAGUACAUCUCCUUCCAUCUCUCCAUCACCUGAUGGACAAAUAAUAGAGAGCGUAAAGAAAGGUGGAGAAUUGCAGGAAAGAGGGGAAGAGGUGAAGGUGAUGGAGAUGGAUGAAAUGAUUGAGAGAGAAGAAGAGGUUGAGAGUUUUUAUGUUAAUAAUGAUGCUGAUGAGGAAAACAGAAAGGAAGAUGGCCAAAUUGACACUAAAAGUUUGUCAUUGGCAGAGGAAAAUAAACGAUCUCCACGUGUUAAAACCACACCACGCCGACGACGGGCGACCACUAGCUCUGCUGCCGAGCAUGCUGAUCUAGCGGAGGACGAUUCUGAUUCUGACGAGGUACCUGAGGUUCUGCUCCAGACGGCUGCUGCAAUGGCAAACAGUGAGGAAGAGUGUUUGGUCGGUAGCAGCUGGGAAGGGGAUGAGGUAAACCAGCAAGUCCGAAAGCAGCGGCUCUUUGGGCUUGUAAAAACCACACCUCCGGACAGAAGCUCCCGCAAACGGAAUCUCAAAGAGAGAUCUUCAUCGUCCUCGUCUUCCUCAUCUGCGUCUUCAAGGAGGGGCUCUCAAGACCAGGGGUCGGUGGUCAAGAUGGCCAUGGCAAGAGCCCACAAAGUUGCCCGGAUGACAGAACAGAGUGGGAGUUCGUCAAGUGAGGUGGGGGGACAGGAACUAGACAGUAGUGACUCAGACGAUCAAAGGAUCAAACCCCUGUCAGAGGGCGUCACGUUGCUUGGCACUGGAAAUUUCCAGCAGUCUUCCGGUGAUGAAAUGGACAUCCAGCCUGGUCCAUCCAUAUCUGUGGAUGACGAUGAUUUAGAAAAUAGAAUUGCGAGGCAGAUUCUGCUGGCUCAGAUCAGAGGUGACCUCUCCUCAGCAUCUGAGCUGGACACCAGCUCUGAUGAGCAGUCAGAGAACACAAGAGGAGAAAAGAAAAGCAAGAGCGAAACACCUGAGACAACAUUUGAGGAAGACAGUGAUGGGUCGGAAUCCAGCGGGUCGCAGACAGAGUCACGUCACCGACACAGACUCCUACGGCAUGGUCUUUCCUUAUCAGAGGCAGAAACAAAAUAUCCCAAGCAAGGAGAGAAGACAACGAAAAAGAAGCAGAGAGAAAUACAAGAUUUAGGAUGUGUUAUUUUGAGCAGUGAUGAAUCAUCCAGCUCGGCCCUGAGUGAGGAACUCAGCCAAUCAGAAGCUGAGGAAAUAGGGUCCCAGUCACCUUCUCGUAAGAAGCUGCAGAGCCCAUCACAUUCACCCAACGGAUCCAGCAAUGAUGAUAAUGUUAUCUCCCCAAACACUGAGGAGCGUUUAAAGAGCACCCCUCAUGGGAGGAGGCAGAUCAGACGGCUUUUGGAGGUAGGUCAGCUGGCCCGGGAGACGCAGAGUGCUCUGAGAGAAGAGGAGGAGCGCAGGAAAAGAUUAGCGCAGAGAGAAAAACAGAGACUGGAGUGGGAGAGAAAAGAACGAGAAGAUGCAGAUUCAGAGGUUAUCAUAGUAGCUGAGAGACCAGCUCAAACCUUCACCCCAUUAAUUCUUGAGCAAGAUGAUGUAAAGAGCAAGCCUUUGGUGCAAGUGGACAUGCAUUUUCUGAGCAAGCUCAAACCGCACCAGCGAGAGGGUGUGCAGUUUAUGUGGGACUGCUGUUGUGAGUCUGUUCAGAGUGUGAAGUCGUCUCCUGGUUCCGGCUGUAUCCUGGCCCACUGCAUGGGACUGGGCAAGACCUUACAGGUCAUCGUGUUUCUUCACACAGUGCUGUUAUGUAAAUUACUCCCUGUGAACAGGGCUCUGGUGGUGUGUCCUCUCAAUACAGUACUAAACUGGAAGAGUGAGUUCGACCAAUGGCAGAGGGGCUUAAGACCUCACACACUGAGGGUGACAGAGCUGGCCACAGUGAAGUCGGUGGCAGUACGUGUUGAGCUGUUGAAUGACUGGUUUAAAAAUGGUGGGGUGAUGAUCAUGGGUUAUGAAGCAUUCCGUAUUCUUACACACGGACAUAGUGCGAAAAACAGCAAACACAGAGAAGCCUUCCGCUCUAUGCUCCUGAAUCCUGGGCCUGAUCUGGUAGUGUGUGAUGAGGGUCAUAUCCUGAAGAAUGCAGAAUCAAGCAUCUCAAAAGCCAUGCAAGCACUCCGCACACGCAGGAGAAUCAUAUUGACUGGCACACCACUCCAAAACAACCUCACUGAGUAUCACUGCAUGGUGGAUUUCAUCAAAGAGAACCUGCUGGGUUCUCUAAAGGAAUUCCGGAACCGUUUUAUUAAUCCAAUCCAGAAUGGCCAAUGUGCAGACUCAACCCCUGCUGAUGUCAGACUUAUGAAGAAUCGAUCGCACAUCCUCCAUGAGCUGCUGUCUGGAUUCAUACAGAGGCGAGACUAUUCAGUGUUGACAUCCUGCCUCCCACCCAAGCGCGAGUAUGUGCUGUCAAUCAGGAUGACACCUCUGCAGAGCCAGUUAUACACAAACUAUCUGCAGAAUUGCACAGGGAAAGGUGUAGGUGUGGGCAGUUUGUUUCAGGACGUUCAUAUUCUGAGUCUGAUAUGGACCCACCCCUGGUGUCUUAAACUUGCUCAUCUCAGCAAGAAUAAGGGGAAAGAAGACUCUGCUCCCAUUCUCACAGCGCUGGGUGCAGGUUUGUUGACAGCUUCUACACAGCCAAAUGGUUCUGAAAGGGGAGAGGCAAAGAGCACAGGUGAUUCCCUUGAUGCAAAGAACAAGACUGGAGACUGGAAUGGAAGAGAAGAGAGAGAUGGUGGGGAACCUGUGUCUGCCGCAGAUUGGUAUUUGCCAUUUAUAACAGCAGCUGACGCCAAAGUGCUGGAGCAUUCUGGAAAAUUACAGUUGGUAAUGGAAAUUUUACACCAUGCAGAGGAGCUACAGGACAAAGUGCUGGUGUUUAGUCAGUCUUUGAUAUCACUGGACCUUAUUGAGAGCUUCUUGGAAUAUGCAGAUGAGACCAAAGGGAAAGAAGAGUGUCCAUACAAAGGCAAGAAAUCGUGGGUGAAAAAUAAAGAUUAUUACCGUUUGGAUGGCAACACCAGUGCCUGUGCUCGCAAGAGAUGGGUUCAAGAGUUUAACAACACUAAAAACACAAAAGGAAGGCUGUUUCUGAUCUCCACUCGGGCGGGAUCCCUAGGGAUCAAUCUGGUUGCCGCAAACCGGGUUGUGGUGUUUGAUGCUUGCUGGAAUCCGUCAUAUGAUAUACAAAGCAUCUUCAGAGUCUAUCGCUUUGGCCAAAACAAACCUGUAUCAGUGUACCGCUUUCUGGCCCAGGGGACGAUGGAACAGAAAAUUUACGAGCGGCAGGUUGCUAAACAGUGUCUGUCCUCCCGUGUUCUGGACCAGCAGCAGAUUCAGAGACACUUCACACACAGUCAGCUGUAUGAGCUGUAUCGCUUCCAGCCAGAACUGCGGCCCAGCAAACACACAGAAACACCUGGGGAUGAGAUGUUGGCCCUGCUGCUGAAGAGCUGUGGGCAGCUUAUAGUAAGUUAUCAUGAGCAUGACUCAUUGUUAGACCACAGGAAGGAAGAGGAGCUGAGUGAGGAAGAGCGCAGAGCAGCCUGGGACGAGUACCAUGCAGAAAAGGAUGACAAACCCCAGCGAGCCAACCAAAUUCAAAUGGCCUCUGUACAGAACUCUAGUGAACCCCACCCGAUGCUGCUCAGCAGAAACACCAACCAGGAGCUAGAGAUUCAACAAUUUACUCGUCUGGUUAUGGCUUCUCAAAAACUCAACUAUGCAACCAAGAAUUAUCCUCCAACUUCAUUGCCAGUUAAACAAGGCUGUGCUCCACCUUCUGUCGCUCGGGGCAGCUCCAACAGCACCUUCCAGCUGCCAGUCAAACAAGGCAAUACUCCACCUUCUGCUACUCAGGGUACCUCCAACAGCACCUUCCGGCUGCCAGUCAAACAAGGCAAUACUCCACCUUCUGCUCCUCAGGGUACCUCCAACAGCACCUUCAUGCUGCAGCAACCUGAGACUGUUUUCUACAUUUCAAAAACAAAUACCUAGCCUGGUCCCUCUUCUAAUUUUUAGGAUUAGGGAUUAGGAUUACUGUAUAUAUCAUCAUAUUUGGAAAUAUGAAUUUAGUUUUAGCAUCUGAAUGUAUAUUCAUAUUUAGAAUAUUAAGAACACUGAAUUCAUCCUUGGUCAAACUUAUGAGCAGAGACCUUUGCUGUUGUCAGUAUUACUAAGAGUAAUACAUAAUGGCAACUUUGUAUAUUUUUACUACCAAAAAUCAUUUACUUGCCCUCAUGCCACCCCAGAUGUGAAUGACUGAACAAAAAACGGAAGAGUUUUAGAAGAAAAUUUCAGCUCUGUAGGCCCUCACAAUGCCAGACUUAAGUGGUUUAAUCCAUAUCUUAAGAAGCGAUAUGGUAAGUGUGGGUAAAAUACAGAUUUAUGUCCUUUUUUAUCAUCAAUCUUCAGUUUCACAUUGUUCUUUUUUGUUUUUGCUCAUUUCGCAUUCUUCAUGCAUAUCGCCACCUAUUGGGGAGGGAGGAUCAUUUAAAUUAAAGUGUCUCACCUACACUUAUAUCAGCUCUGAAGAUAUGGAUUUAAUCACUUGAGUCUUAUGGAUAAUGUUAUGCUGCCUUUAUGUGCAUUUUGGAGCUUCAAAAUGUUGCUACUCAUUCACUUAUAUUGUGAGGACCUACAGAGCUGAAAUAUUCUUCAUAAAUCUUUUUGUUCAGCAGAAGAAAGUCAUACUAAUCUGGGAUGGCAUGAGGGUGAGUAAAGAGAAUUUUUAAUUUUGGGUGAACUUUCCCUUUAAUUUAACAGAACAGUUUAAAUGAAUACCUGUUAAAGCAAGACUACUUCCAGACUGAUCUGACUAGUGUGUUUGAGAGCUUCUGCCUUUCCUUACUACCUCACAACCAGUAGCCAUAUUCAGGGAAGUAUGCUCAUCUCUUCAGUAUGAAUAUGCACUGUUGGACAGUGGGGUAAAAAAAACAAAAAGAUGCUAAUUUCUUUCCUAAAUACUUUAGUUUGUUUAAAUAUGAAAGAGCUUGAAUAAAUUGGUUUUGAAAAGGUCUUGUAAGUUCACACUGUUGUUUCUGUUUGUCGUCCCAUUGCUUUGUAGAUGUGGUAAAAUAAUAGUCCUACUGUAAAGUAAAAACGUGUCUACUAAUGUUGUUUCUCAUCUGAAAGAACAUGGGUCAUCUGUAUGGACUUGGUGCUGUAGUAUGAAGAUAAAUCGGUAGCAAAACUCGAGAGCUUGCGUAUUUUAAUUUGAGAACUUGUACAAUAAAUAUUGGUACUCCUAAGUUGAAACUUACAUUUAAAGAACCGAUGUGAAAAUGUGUAAAAUAACAAUUUUAAAUUAGAUGUUGCAAUCUGCACUAACAGACAAAAAUUCUAAGCUUGUGUUUUGAUUUCACAAUUGCAGUCAAGUUGUAUCACAAAUGUAUAAAAUGUAAUAUGUAAAAAUAAAAAUGUAAUUAAAAUAAUGAACAGCAACAAGAAGAAUUUGAACUGUUUGCUGUUCAUUACACUCUUCUUGCAUAUCGUUAAUUGCCGGUUUGCAAUGUUUUUGUCCAUGAUUAAGCGCAAAAACAGUGUAAAAAGUGUAAGAGUGGAAAAAAGUAGGCCAGAACAAUACAAACUACAUUUACUUUGUGUUAAUACGAAAUUACAGAUUCACAACACAUGAAUUACACUUACGCAAAGUGUUAAAUUAUUGCUAAUAUUUGUUUCUUACGCAUGCAACUUGAUUGACACCUUUACAAAACGUUCUGUGCGCAUGCAAUUUAUUUUUAUGCUUUUCUUCAUUUACGCUUUUAAAAAUCAUACCCUGUGCAUUCAAAUAACGAAGGCACAA